AUGCACUCCCUUGCCAGUUUAUUCUGCCUGGUCAACAACACCGCAUACCUCUUCAACCACCAUCAAACCAGCAAGGCCACGACUAUCAUUAGUAUAAUUCCCACAACUGUCGGCCAGGUUAUUAUAGCAACCAAAUUCUCUCUCCAGCCCGAAUUCAGCCAAACGGUAGACCUGUGCCUUUCUUCUUCCCGUAUGUUUUCUCCCUUCCUCUCACCUUGUCGACAACCGAGACGUGGGAGUCGGGGCCCUCCUGGGUGGCGUAGAGCUCGGAUGACUCUCUUUUCUCGGACUAGCAACCCAUUUCUCCUCUCUAUUCAACUCUUCCGUCUCUCCUGUAGCACCAUGACCCAUAAUGGUCUCCUGUGGGUGCUCACACACGUGAUGAUGAUGUACCGACCGAUCGCAGUCUCACCCAUCCGUCUGCACCUGACGGCAGUCCAGCCAACCACUCUGUCAACAGAUUUCUUAGUUUCUUGCUCUACGAAACCUGGUUAUUAUUCAUCACAUUCUUUUACACGUCCGUUCUCUUCCACUUGUCAGUUACAAGUUACUGAGGUUGAUUUAUCAAGUGUUUCCAGUCUGAUCCUGAAUGUAUUUAAGAAGGUGUUACGAGAACCUAGCCCCCACUCGGUGUUUUUAGAACGUUAA